UCUAGUCCAAUAUAAGUUGAAUAAGUAGUUGCAUAUACAAUACGUAAGUUAUAGAAUAAAUUAUAUGGAUUUCUAUGAGGUGAUAGUGUGGUGCUCUCUCUUACUUUCUUCCUUCAUACCCAACAUCACUGCACUGAGCAGUAUCACUCCAAAUAAGCCCUUGCAUAGUAAUGAAACCCUGGUUUCAGCAUCUGGAACCUUUGAAGCAGGAUUCUUUAGCAUUGGAAGUUCUCAGAGAUAUUACUUUUGCAUAUGUUACAAGAAUAUAUCACCUAGAACAUUUGUAUGGGUGGCCAACAGAAACACCCCAUUGGAUAACUCCACUGGGGUUUUGAAAGUCAGUGAUUGGGGGAAUCUUGCUGUACUUGAUGGCACUGGUGCAAAUGUUUGGUCAUCCAAUGCAUCAACCACUGUUCAGAAGCCAACUGUGGAGCUCUUGGACUCUGGCAACCUUGUUGUGAAAGAUGGUGGUAGUAAUGCCCCAGAAAAGAUUUUGUGGCAAAGCUUUGAUUAUCCUGGUGACACUUUACUUCCUGGAAUGAAACUCAGAAGCAGUUUUGUGACAGGUGCACUUAGUUCUCUGACAUCAUGGAGGAACACGGAAGAUCCUGCUGUGGGGGAAUUUUCAUUGUAUAUUGAUCCUCAUGGUUUUCCUCAGAGAGUGACUACAAAGGGAGGGACUUGGUUGUACAGAGCAGGUUCGUGGAAUGGUUAUCAAUUCUCAGGAGUUCCUUGGAAACUGUUGCCCAAUUUCUUCAAUUACUAUUUUGUGUUAACCAAGGAGGAAGUGUAUUAUGAGUAUGAACUCUUGGAACGUUCUGUUGUUACAAGGUUUGUGAUCAACCAAGCAGGUAGCGAUCAACGUUUCACAUGGUCAGAGAGAACAAAGAGUUGGGAGCUUUUUGCCUCUGGCCCCAGGGAACAGUGUGAAAACUAUGGCUUGUGUGGUGUAAAUUCUGUUUGCAAUGUAAAUAGCUACCCCAUAUGUGAAUGCUUGGAUGGUUUUAUCCCUAAGUUCACAGAAAAGUGGAGAUCAUUGGAUUGGUCUGGUGGGUGUGUUCGGAGAAUGAGUCUGAGUUGUGACAAUGAAGAUUGUUUUGUUAAGUACGAGGGAAUGAGAUUGCCAGACACAUCUUCCUCCUGGUAUGACGCAAGAAUGAGUCUUGAUGAAUGUGAGAGGGUGUGCUUGCAAAACUGCUCUUGCACAGCAUACACAAACUUAGAUGUCAGAGGUGGUGGGAGUGGCUGCCUUCUUUGGUUUGGUAACAUUGUGGAUAUGGGAAAACAUCUCUCCCAAGGACAAGAGAUUUACAUACGAAUGGCUGCUUCAGAUAUAGAGAACACUUGGCAUAAAAGGCACAUUAACAAGAAGCUUGUGGUGGUUUUGGCAGUACUCGUUGCGUUCAUUAUAGUCAUAACAUUAGGAUCAGUUCUAUACAUACGGAGAAAACUUGAGAAACAAGGAAAGACAAAUACAGUGGACCAGAUGCCUCACACUAUAAAACAUGGGAAGAAAGACAUUGACUUACCAACCCUUGAUUUAUCAACCAUUGAUAAUGCCACUCGUAAUUUCUCUGUCAAUAACAUAUUGGGAGAAGGUGGAUUUGGACCAGUUUACAAGGGUGUUCUGGCAAAUGGACAAGAAAUAGCUGUUAAGAGACUUUCCAAAAAUUCUGGACAAGGAUUAGAUGAAUUCAGAAAUGAAGUGGUGUUGAUUGCCAAUCUUCAGCACCGGAAUCUUGUAAAGAUUCUAGGAUGUUGUGUUCAAGAGGAGGAGAGAAUCUUAAUCUAUGAAUUCAUGCCUAACAGGAGCUUGGAUCUUUACAUUUUUGAUAACACAAGAAAGAAAUUAUUGGAUUGGAGCAAACGCUUCCAAAUUAUAAGUGGCAUAGCUAAAGGUCUUCUAUAUCUUCAUCAUGAUUCUAGACUAAGGAUCAUUCACAGAGAUAUCAAAGCAAGCAAUAUUCUUCUUGAUAAUAAUAUGAAUCCAAAGAUAUCAGACUUUGGACUAGCAAGAAUGCUUGUUGGUGAUCACACUAAAGCCAAUACAAAAAGGGUUGUAGGAACUCAUGGUUACAUGCCUCCUGAAUAUGCAGUGUAUGGAUAUUUUUCAGUGAAAUCAGAUGUCUUCAGCUUUGGUGUUAUUGUGCUAGAGAUUGUUAGUGGGAGGAAGAACACAAAAUUUCUUGAUCCACUGAACCAACUUAACCUUAUAGGGCAUGCUUGGAGAUUGUGGAGUGAAGGGAGGCCUUUGGAGCUGGUUGAUGAAUCACUAGGUGAUUCAGUCAUUGAAAGUGAAGUGUUGAAAAUUGUUCAUGUGGGGCUCUUGUGCGUGCAAGAAAGACCAGAGGAUAGGCCCAACAUGUCAAGUGUGGUUCUGAUGCUGAAUGGUGAGAGCCCAUUGCCCAAGCCCAAGCAGCCUGCAUUUUAUCCACACCAUGAAGAUUUUUCUUCAUCCACCAAGUGUGAAUUCAGCUCAAAUGAUAUGUCCAUCAGUUUAGAGAUGGAAAGCUUAAAGGCAAUGGUUUUGUGGUCUCUUGUGUUGCAUUUCAUACCAGGUUUGAGCACCCUUGAAACCAUUGGUCCUGGCCAAUCAGUGAAGGAUAAUGAGACUCUAGUUUCAGCAGAAGGGACUUUUGAAGCAGGGUUCUUCAACUUUGGGGAUCAAAGUAGUCAAUACUUUGGUAUAUGGUACAAGGAUAUUUCUCCAAGAACAGUUGUGUGGAUAGCCAAUAGAGAUACUCCAGUUCAAAACUCCUCAGGAGUUUUGAAUGUAACUCAUGUGGGAAAUCUUUUCAUUUUGAAUGGUUCAGGGGCCACAUUCUGGUCUUCCAAUACAUCAACAGCUGCAAAGAAUCCUGUUGUGCAGCUUUUGGAGACUGGAAAUCUUGUUGUGAGAGAAGAAAGCAACCCAGAGAAUCUUCUAUGGCAGAGUUUUGAUCUUCCUGGGGACACUUUGUUGCCAGGGAUGCGACUUCGAAGUAGCAUGGGAAAUGGCAGUUUUACAUCUCUGACAUCUUGGAGAGACACAGAAGAUCCUGGUAGAGGUGUGUAUUCAUAUCACAUAGAUACUCGUGGUUUUCCUCAAGUGGUGAUUACGAAGGGAGGGGCAUUGUUGUAUAGGCCAGGUUCAUGGAAUGGCAAUAUUUUAUCUGGAAUUCCUUCUGCAACAUUGUACAAAAUCUUUAAUUUCUCUUUUGUUAUAACUGAGAAGGAAGUCUCUUAUGGAUAUGAACUACUGAACAAGUCAAUUGUUUCGAGGUACAUGAUCACGUUAACAGGUCAAAUACAACGUUUUGUUUUGUCUGAUUUGACAAAUAGUUGGCAGCUUUUCUACUCAGGCCCCGCAGACCAGUGUGAUAAUUAUGCCGUUUGUGGGGUGAAUUCUAAUUGUGAUGUAAAUAGCUCUCCAACGUGUGAGUGCCUUCAGGGUUUCAUUCCCAGAUCCGAAGAAAAAUGGAAUGCACAAAACUGGUCAGAUGGGUGUGUUAGGAGAGUUAAUUUAGAUUGUGGCAACAGUGAUGGCUUUCAGAAGUAUCAGGGAACGAAGUUGCCGGACACAUCAACCUCAUGGUUUGACAGAAGCAUGAACCUUGAGGAAUGUAAGAAUUUCUGUCUGGAAAACUGCUCCUGCACAGCAUAUGCAAAUUUAGAUAUCAGAAAUGGUGGAAGUGGAUGCUUGCUUUGGUUUAAUAACAUUGUGGACGUGAGAAAACUAACCACCGGAGGACAAGAUCUUUUCAUAAGAUUGGCAGCUUCAGAUCUAGGUCAUGAAAAAGGCUUACGCAAGAAGCAGCUUGCAGGAAUUCUUGCAGGUUCUGCAGUGUUUAUUGUGGUCAUGAUAUUAUUGGCAGUGGCCAUACUUCGGAGAAAAAGGCUUGAGAAGCCAGGAAACAACAAAAGUGUUAGCUGGAAAAAUCACUCUGUUAAGACACAGAAGGAAGACAUUGACAUUCCAAUAUUUAAGUUUUCAACCAUAGCUAAUGCAACUAAUGACUUUUGCGUUACUAACAUAUUGGGAGAAGGUGGAUUUGGACCAGUUUACAAGGGUACUUUGGCAAAUGGCCAAGAUAUAGCUGUGAAGCGGCUUUGCAAUAAUUCAGGACAAGGACCGAAAGAGUUCAUAAACGAAGUUGUGCUAAUUGCUAAUCUUCAGCACCGGAACCUUGUGAAGCUUCUUGGGUGUUGCAUUCAAGAUGAUGAGAGGAUCUUGAUAUAUGAAUUCAUGACUAACAAAAGCUUGAACUACUUUAUUUUUGAUGAAGCUAGAAAAUGUUUGCUAGAUUGGGCUCAGCGCUUCCAAAUUAUUCGUGGGAUUGCCAGAGGGCUUCUCUAUCUUCAUGAAGAUUCUAGAUUAAGAAUUAUCCAUAGAGAUCUCAAGACCAGCAAUAUUCUUCUAGAUGAAAACAUGAAUCCAAAAAUAUCAGACUUUGGUCUCGCUACAUCAUUUGGAGGAGAUGAAGUUGAAGGCCAAACAAAGAGAAUAGUGGGAACUUAUGGUUAUAUUUCUCCAGAAUAUGCAGCCCGUGGGAAUUUCUCAGUGAAAUCUGAUGUCUACAGUUUUGGUGUUAUAUUACUGGAGAUAGUUUGUGGAAAAAAGAAUAGGGAAUAUUCUGACGAUCAUGAUCAUGACCUUCUUGGACAUGCAUGGAGACUUUGGUGUGAAGAAAAACCAAUGGAGUUGAUAGAUGAAUCACUAGGCGAAUCAGUAGCUCUAGCUGAAGCUGAUGUAUUGAGAUGUAUUCACAUUGGGCUUCUAUGUGUACAAGACAGAGCAGAGGAUAGACCAGAAAUGUCAUUAAUAGUUCUUAUGCUGAAUGGUGAGAAACCAUUGCCCAGGCCAAGGGAACCUGCUUUUUAUCCCCAUCAAUCUGGCUCUUCAUCAGGAAAUAGUAAACUGCAAUCAAACAAUGAGAUUUCUAUUUCAUUGUUGGAGGCAAGAUAGUUUAUUUAUAUAUAUGAAGUUAUAGAAUUCAAUGUAAAUGAGGCAACAUCAGUCAACAUAAGAUAUAUGCUACAGUUUCACCAGAUGAAAUACAUAUUUCUGUGUCCUGUGCUGUAGGCCACUUAGAGACAGGGAAAAGUUUUUUCACUUGCAUGACAAUCCGACAUGGAAUUGCUGGGAACAUCAAUCCAAAAUUUCCAAAUCUUGAUGCAAGUAAUUGAAAAGCUUCCAAGGCUUGGCGAAUGCGUCUUCACUCUUGAAGAGGUGUGAUAAUUUAAGCCACUAUCUAAGCAAAGUCAUGAACUUUUGCUAUGUAAAGGCAUCAUGUGCGGAGGGAAGACAUACAUAAUCUAGAGAGAGGGGAUCAUGACGGGGAAAGGGCCAAAAAAAUAUAACAACUUGGCAAAGAG